AAUACAGUCAGCCGAACAGUUGUGAGUUGAACAUUUCAUGGACAAUUUUCUUGUAGAAAUUUGAUUGGAAAACGAACGAUAUGAAUUCCCAUGAAGACGAAGAGGAGGAAGGACCAUCUGUGGAUUCUGAAAAUGCAGAAGAACGGAUAGCUGCGCGGAGAAUCCGAAUACAAAGACGUCUUGAAGCAGCAAGAAGGGAAGCAAGUGGAGAGGAUGCUGCGAAGAAGAAGCCAGUUGAUUCAGAGAAAGAUGCACUUAAAAGUCGAAAACAAAUGGAAGACAGCAGACAGCGCUUGGUCAAACUGAAAUCUGAUGGCACAGAACUGGUCACCAAUGUUCAUGUUGCAGCUGAUGCGAGAGAGUCCACAAGGAGGCUUGAGGAAGAAGAACAACGAAGGCAAAGAAAUGAGAAGCUUGAAGCAGAAGCCAAAUCUGCUACUGAAAAAUUUGAUGAGGUAGAGUUGGCAUUUUUUAAUAAUAUCCAGAUCACUAGAGCAUUGAAUACAAUACAAUACAUAUAUCUUAUUAACCAACAAAAAGGUGCAUGUGACAGUAUGAUAGAUGAGAAGAAUAAGCUCAUCCAUGACUUUCAACAGGAGCUCAAAGCCAAAGAUGACCAGUAUGUAAAAGACUUGAAAAAAGCAGCUGAAGAUGUUGAUCUCAUGGUGGAUAGAAUGGAAGAGCAGAUGAACCAGUUAACAAAAGCGUACAGAGAAGAACUCACUCAGAUUGAGAAAGCUUUUGUGACUGAACGGGGUGAAUUGAUUGAGAGCAACAGAAAGAAAUGGGAGUCAUCCAUGCAGCAGAGACACGACAAAGAGGUCGAGUACAUGGAUUCUCGACGAAAGAGAGUUGAAGACCAUGAAAAUCAGUUACAAACCUUGAGAGUCCAAGAUGCAGAGGAAUACAACAUGGUGAAAAUAAAACUGGAGACAGAUGUACAAAUAUUGGAGCAGCAGUUACAACAGAUGAAGGCCACAUACCAGUUAAACCAAGAGAAGCUGGAGUACAACUUUCAAGUGCUGAAGAAACGCGACGAGGAGAACACUAUCACAAAAUCUCAACAGAAACGUAAAAUCACCAGACUUCAAGAUGUCCUUAACAAUCUUAAACAGAAGCUAGCCAAGCAAGAAAAACAGUAUAGAGAGGAUAAUCAAAGUUUAAUAGAUGAUUACAAAAGAAUUACAGAACAGUUUAGAGAACUACAAAAAAAGUCAAGGCAUUUUCAAACAACAGAUCAGAAGAAGUUCCAGGAUGUGUGGGCAAUGAAUGAGGAGCAAGUUAGGGAACUGGUGCAUAGCGUGCUGGAGGCAGAUAGAAUUAUUCAUGAACAUCAACUGGGUCUGCCAUGGGAGCCACCUAAUCUAGAUUUCAUGGAGGCUGCCAAGACUGCAGAACAAACUAAUGGAAGUAAAGAACACAAAAUGUCUGCAACACAGAUGGCUCAUGAGAUCAUGUCUGGAGUUGGGACAGAUGAUGGAGAGGAUGAUAUUGAAAAGAGUUCAGUUGGUGGCAAGCAAGAUGGACAAACAGGAGGGAGAAAAUUGUCUGCAAAAACCAUCAAAGCUGUCUUGGAACUCAUCUGUGAUGAGGCUGGAUUUCUUGUGGAGUCCAAACUUACCAAACUACUUGCUCCUCUUGAAAAAGAUGAACAAUCUUUGAUGAAGCUAGAUGCCAUCUUUGCAGCACUGGGUGUAGAUACAGAAGAUGACAUCUAUCUGCUGUCAAACUACUUUCUUGGUCAUGGAGAGGAUGAACAAGCAACAGAAGGGAGUGAGAAAGGAAUGAAGGAUGGUGAAAUGGCAAGAGAAAAAGCAACCAUAGAAGAAACAGCUGGUGAAAUGGAUGAAAGGGGAAAGGAAGAUGAGGACGGAUCUGUAGUGUUGAGUGUGGACGAGAAGGCAAGCAAUUCACCAUCUGUCAAAGCGCAUUUGUUAGAAAUGAAGAACCUUAUUCACCCAAAUGAAGUUGUGAAAGCUUUGAGACAAUUUGUGCAAGACAACCGUAAACCACAGAAGGAGGCGAAGCGACAAAGUCUUAAGCUGGGAACUGGAGUUGGAAAAGUCACCACACUUGAUGAAAGNUUCUGGCAAAAUGCGGCUUCAGUUAUAGAUGUAAAGGAAGAGCGAGUUUGGACAGCUUUGUUAGAUGGGUUUGAAAAGUACUUGGCAGUGUUGACCGAGAGGGCAGCUUUGAUCCAAGAAACAGAUGCACUUCAACAGCAGAAUGCAGAGCUAAGGAUGCUUCUCCAUCAGUAUGUGAACUCCAGAGUGAAUCAAGAGCUUGAAAUUCCACCCACCAGAAUACUCCAGGCAGAACUAUCCAAAGAACAUGAAUGAACUAUACCUUACCUUAAGCUUGUAAAUAUCAUUUGUAGAAGUGCGUCAUAUUUAUUGAAAUAAAUAAAAAUAUCCAAAUUUGAUUUGUGCAAUGCUUAUGAGGAAGUUGCACACAAUCACAAUUCAA